CUCGCUCAUGCGCACUGGGCACCCGGCUGUCAUGCCGAGCGACACUACAGAAGCCGGGAAGACAGCGCGUGGCUGGAUAGAGGAACAGGUCAGCAGUCAUCUCCUGUACUGUGUCCCCAGUCUCUGGCCAUCUCCUGUACUAUGCCCGCAGUCCCUGGUCAUCUCCUGUACUAUGUCCGCAGUCUCUGGUCAUCUCUUGUACUAUGUCCGCAGUCUCUGGUCAUCUCCUGUACUGUGUCCUCAGUCUCUGGUCAUCUCCUGUACUAUGUCCGCAGUCUCUGGUCAUCUCCUGUACUGUGUCCUCAGUCUCUGGUCAUCUCCUGUACUGUGUCCGUAGUAUCUGGUCAUCUCCUGUACUGUGUCCGUAGUAUCUGGUCAUCUCCUGUACUAUGUCCGCAGUCUCUGGUCCUCCCCUCUACUGUGUCCGCAGUCUCUGGUCAUCCCCUGUACUGUGUCUGCAGUCUCUGGUCAUCUCCUGUACUGUGUCUGCAGUCUCUGGUCAUCUCAUGUACUAUGUCCGCAGUCUCUGGUCAUCUCCUG